AUGGAAUCCGAUCACACGGAUGACUCAAGACAGUCGCUGCCUUCAAAAAAAACGCAAAAGAGGAGAAGGACUUCUAAGGGAUGGACACGAAGCGGUUUUGGUCAAGAGAUUAUUGACUUGACUCUCAGUGACAGCGACAGCGAGGGUCAAUCAGACCAACACGCAAGUGAAAAUGUAGACGAGCUGCUGGAUAUAGAAGUGGCAAUGCAGCAAAUGGAAAGGACUGUGCAUGAUCACGCUGGCAAUGUCAACAGCAACAACAACAACAACGACACCAGUGAUGAUAAUGCAGAAAAGGAAGGCUUUUUGUCAAGUGACAGCAGCGAUCAUAGCGUUGAUGGCACUUCAAUUAAAGCUCAAGCUUCAGUGAAUGACGACAAGGUACCUGAUGAAGACAAAGCAAUGCCUCCCACCAUUGGAUCAUUGUACAGGAAAGGCGAUGGUACUGUGCUCGGAGUCCGAGCGGUAGAUGUUGAGAAGAGGCAGGCUACUUGCCAUGAUUUUGUUCCAAGCCAGUCAACAUCGCACGACAGGCAUGAAUUAGUCGAUGGUUUUGCGAUCGUGCCGUUCAAAGAACUCCCUUUGAGCUGUUUGGUUGAGGACUGGUGUUACACUUUUGACAGUGAGAUUAAGCACGAAUUUUCAAUCUGCAGGAAGUUCAGGAAGAAAGUGCGGCUUUCUUCAUCUGAGAAAAAGAAAAGGAGUUUGAAUAGAGAUAAGCCACCCAGAACGCUUGAAUUGUUUUCUGGAGCUGGUGGCAUGUCUCAGGGCCUAUUGGCUGCGGGUGUGGAUGUUAGAUGGGCUGUGGAGAAAGAUGGGCAUGCCGUCGGUACACUUCGUGGUAACCUAUCGAAGCGGCAUAAAACUAAUUUCUUCCGUGAAUGUGUAUACCAUUUUCUUGACAAGUCUAAGUCAAGGGAAUAUAAAGCCUAUCCGAGGCAAGAUGAAGUGGAUCACAUCCAUGCAUCCCCUCCUUGCCAGGGUGUCUCGCGGGCAAAUCGAUAUGGAGGGAAGGACGAUAAAAACAACAAUAAGCUAUCGUUUGCGCUUGUGGAAGCAGUCCGUCACUUUCGACCAAAGACCGCCACAUACGAGAAUGUAAUGGGUCUGGCAACAAAAGCGCAUCGACAGAUUCUUUUUGGAAUGAUUGCAGAUCUAUGUGCGUUGAACUUCCAGGUUCGUUUGUGUGUUUUAGAUGCCAGCGAAUAUGGUGACGCUCAAGUGAGGAAAAGAAUCAUUAUUUUUGCAGCUGAUGAGACCAUGCUCUUGCCUCCAAGACCGCCACCGACGCAUGGCGAUGAGAGGCACAUGCAUAAUGUCCGAACAGUGGGUGAUGCUAUAGGGGCGUUGUCUGACAUUACAGCAGACGAUAAGGGUUGUGUUACUAUUCAAGGAAUAGAGAUUGAAGAUCAUUGUGCCCCUCAAUCCAAAAACCUUAACGAAGACCAUCCAGAUAAUACAAAAUUGUCUGCGGACCGCCCAGCUCCUACAGUCAUGUCUCAAAACCGAUUUAUCCAUUACAAGCUUAAUCGAUAUUUGAGUGUCCGCGAAUAUGCUUCGUUGCAAAGCUUCCCGCUUACCUGGACCUUUUGCGGUUCGGAGGACCAGAAAUUCAGGCAAAUAGGAAACGCAGUUCCAGUGCACAUGGCAACCCGCAUCGCUGAAUCAGUUAUGCUAGCCUAUCGACGUUGA